AUGUCAACAAUUCUGAUCAUUGGUGCUGGUCCAAACAUUGGUCUUGCGACCGCCAUGAUCUUUGCAAGUGCUGGUUAUCAAGUUGCCAUAGCCUCGCGCACCAAGACCUCGGACUCAUACAAGCACUUCUUUUUCGAUGCAAGUAAGCCAGAAACCGUCCCGCAAUUGUUUGCGGAAAUCAGAAAGGAGUUUGGUGAUCCAAAAGUGGUUGUCUAUAAUGCAGUUGAUUUUGGCGAAGCUGACAAUGAGGUAUUCUUCAACUUAGCUUAUUCGCGUACCGCAACGCCCGAGAACCCUUUCUCGCUGACCUUGGAGGAAUACGCUCACGACACCAACAUCAAUGCGACAUCGGUAUACGCAGCAGCCAAGGAGGCCGUGGAGGGCUUUUCAAAAACUGGACCAGGAAGCACCUUCAUCUUUACGGGUAACAAGUUGAAUGUUGCUGGGUUCUCUCACUCGCUGGUUUUCGGCAUGGGCAAGUCAGCCUCGGCGCACUUGAUCCGGGCUGCAAACAAUAGCUUUGAAGGCAAAGGGUACAAUGUUGUCCUCUAG